AUGGAAGACAGAAUAUCCGAAUUGCCAAUACCUUUACUUCACGACAUUCUCUGUUUCCUCUCUCAGAAAGAAGCUGUGAGAACUUGUCUACUCUCCAGACAAUGGCGCCACCUCGGAUCAACCCGCCCCGACCUCGACUUAUCCGAAGAAUGGUUCGACGACGCACAAGAACAGUUUGUUUCCACAGUCGACAGAACCCUACAAGGAUAUCAUGAUCAAAACCUCUCCGUGCACCAACUCCAUCUCCACUUAUCCACCAGUCCUCUCUCACAACCGGUCAUCUCCCUUAUUAACAAAUGGAUCCCGAUGAUAACCGCCCUCAACAUAAAAGCGUUCAAACUCAACUUUCAUUCACCAACGUGCAGUCUUUCACUAACUUCGGCUUAUUACGAGUCCCUCGAAGAACUACACCUGCGCAAUUGUAAGCUGAGCCCGGUCGAGAGCGUGCGGUUGAAACGUCUGUGCAUGCUCACCCUCGAACACGUCCAAGUUGAUGACGGGACUUUCGAUACGAUAAUGUUGAGCUGCCCUUUGCUCAGGCGUUUGGUCCUUUAUUAUUGCAAGGGGUUGACAAACGUUAGGCUGAGAUCGCCUGGGCUCAAGCACUUUGAGUUGUGUGAUUAUGAGGGGAUCGAAGGGCGUACCAUCGAAAUCAAUGUCCCGAGUAUCGAGACGGUUUCCAUAACGGCCCUAUGGAUUUGGCGUCACCGCCAAAGCGCAUUAUUGUUCUCUCGUCUCACGAGAUUGAGUCUCAAUAGUGUGAUCCUGUCGAGCGAGACGUUCGAUCUGCUAUCGUACCGCUGCCCGACUCUUGAGAGCUUGACACUAGAUAAUUGCUCUGGUUUCGAGGAAUUCCAUCUUGCAAGUGAUUCGGUCAAGUGGUUGCGCAUCUUGUCAAGAAAAAUAAUUCUUAAAGGAGUUACGAUUUGUGCCCCUAACAUUCUCAAUUUCUGGUUCAGUAUUACCCACGUGCCUGACACAUUCUCUUUAACGACCACAACUUCCAAGGAGUGGAAUUCAAAUGUAAUCCUCUCUUCGUGUGAGGAAGAUCCCGAUUUCAACGUCAAUUGGUGGUUCCUUAAGCUGAGACGAUUGCUCAAGGCACUAAGUGGGUCUCGGAUUUCUCUGUCUCUGCAGAUGGACGGCGGCCCUCUGGACGUGCCCUGUAGGGCUGUUGUCAGUCACGAGCCGCCUGUGGUGGUGCGGAACUUGAAUUUUGCUACUUGUAAAUGCCGCUCGCCGUUUUGGUACGUGGGAUUUACGAAUGGCUUGUUUCGUGUUUGUCGACCGAGUCACAUAUGGGGUGAUAGCCUCGUGAGCGGAUCGGACAUGAACUAUAGGCUCUCGGAGUUUCAGUUAAACAUCUUGCUAGCUAACAAGAGCUUCAGGAACGAGCCCUACUUUUGGCGGCACGAUUUGGGGCAAGUGCACGUCGAUGGGCAGCUCGUGCAGUACACAAACUUGUGGGAAUUGCGAAACAGGACAUAUGAUGGGAUAGUGUGCCUUGAGUUGGAAUGGAGAGGUCGGACUUCUCAGAAUUGCGCGCUCGCUUGCUUUUCUAUUUACUGUAUAUGUCUCUUGUUUUUAAUCUUUAGUCUUUAUCAGCCGGUGAAUUUGUCUGCAAAAUAG